AUUUAAGUAACGUACGGGACUAAAUUGAAUAAAUACAAAAACUUGUGGGUUAUGAACACACGUUGUCUACAGUAUACAGAUAAUGUAUGCAAAGACACCCCACACUAGCAACAAAUUUCAUUCUUAUCCUUCUUUCUCCCUCCUCCAUUUAUUCUCCUAAAAUCACAGAAAAAUCAAGAAAAUCGCAAUCGCUAUUAGCUCCACACAACGUACACAUAUGUAAAAAUGGAUCGCUUCCAUUGAUUGAAGCAUCGAUUCAAACGAAUCACUUGGCCCCAGAUGGAGAAAACCGGCAAUGGGUUCGUGCGAGCAGAUCAGAUUGAUUUGAAGAGCAUCGACGAGCAGCUCGAGAGGCACUUGAGCAGGGUUUUGACCCUGGACAAGGAGAAGGAGAAGAGGAAGAGUCAGGACGAUCUCCUCCUCAGGCCCACCGUCGCCGCCGCGUCCGUCUCUGUCGCCGCUGGGAGGCAGAGGCAGGAGUGGGAGAUCGAUCCAUCUAAGCUGAUCGUAAAGGGUGUUCUGGCGCGCGGCACGUUUGGGACCGUCCAUCGCGGAGUCUACGACGGCCAGGAUGUUGCUGUUAAACUGCUCGACUGGGGAGAAGAGGGCCACCGGUCAGAAGCCGAAAUAGCAUCUCUUAGAGCAGCUUUUACUCAAGAAGUUGCAGUUUGGCAUAAACUUGAUCAUCCUAAUGUGACCAAGUUCAUAGGUGCUACAAUGGGCUCGUCAGGUCUUAACAUUCAAACCGAAAACGGUCAAAUAGGCAUGCCAAGUAACAUCUGCUGUGUUGUUGUGGAAUAUCUUCCAGGAGGUGCCUUGAAGUCGUACCUCAUUAAGAACAGGCGAAAAAAGCUUGCUUUCAAAGUAGUUGUGCAGAUGGCACUUGAUCUUGCUAGAGGGCUGAGUUACCUUCAUUCUCAGAAGAUUGUCCACAGAGAUGUUAAGACGGAGAAUAUGUUGUUAGAUAAGAAUCGUACGGUUAAAAUAGCUGAUUUUGGAGUUGCUCGUGUGGAAGCCUCAAAUCCAAAUGACAUGACGGGGGAAACUGGAACACUCGGUUACAUGGCACCCGAGGUUCUUAACGGCAAUCCAUACAACCGAAAAUGUGAUGUGUACAGCUUUGGCAUUUGCUUGUGGGAAAUAUAUUGUUGUGACAUGCCCUACCCGGACCUUACUUUCUCCGAGGUGACAUCAGCAGUCGUUCGCCAGAACUUGAGGCCCGAAAUUCCGAGAUGCUGCCCGAGCUCUCUUGCAAAUGUGAUGAAAAGAUGUUGGGAUGCAAGCCCAGACAAGAGGCCCGAAAUGGACGAAGUUGUCAAAAUGUUGGAAGCCAUCGACACUUCGAAAGGAGGUGGAAUGAUUCCGGUCGAUCAGCAGCCAGGCUGUCUUUGUUUUCGCAAGACACGUGGCCCGUGAAACUGUCAUUUUGUUGUAAGAAUGAAAUUUGGAAAAUUAUUGCACAGUAAAGAAAAGAUUAAACUGCCAUUGAUCUUGAGCUAGAAUUUGUGUAUUAUUUGGAUUGUGGUGGAUAUAGGUUGAGAAAAAAAACUUUGUGGGAUGUAAAGUUGUGUUCUUUUUCAUGUGGGUUCUUCAUUAGAAAAUUUCCCAUGAAUCUAUUGGUUAAGAUUAUAAGAGUGGCUGUCAUUUUGUUGUAAGAAUGAAAUUUGGAAAAUUAUUGCA